CCUAGCUUGAAGCUAGGUUAUUAUCUUCUUAUCACAUUUUGUCUUCAAUUAUGGCUAAGAUUAACAUUUGUUCGUUUUCGUGUUAGAGUAAAACUGUGUCGUAGUCGUAGCUUAUUGAUAGACGUUUUCUGAUGAUAAUUCAGUUAAAUUCACUGGUGAAAUUGUGCUUUAGCCCACUUGGAGAUUUUUGUAAAAAUCCAUCCAUCCAUCCCAUUUUUUAAAAAAUUCGUCGUUUUGGCAUGUCUCAGUAGAAUGUCCUUAAAGAAGCCAAACUGUCGCUACCAAGGCUUUUCUCCGAAUUCUAUCGUAUGUAUUUAAAGCAUAGAAAAUUUUGUAACUCUUCUUAUUUCUUCUCCUUUCCCUCUUACAACAAAAUUCCUUACAAUUUCCUACGAAAACGAGUAUUCUGUUUGAACAUUGUUCUAUUGAAAUGGUUUUAAUUUCUGUAAUAUGUAUUUUCACGCUCUGAAUAAGGAGUUUUUUUAACAAAUUAAAUCUAACCGAAAAUUGCAAUUUUCAUUUGGCAACUCAGGGUUUUGUAAGAUGAGUCGAGGUUGUUUUGGUUCUUGUUUAUGUUUUAAUCAAUGAAUAUUUCGAACCGACGUAAUUGGGGGGUAUGCGUCCUUGUGGUUUAACAUGUAAAUAACAUCAUAUCUGAGCCGGAGCAUAAGGCGCCAAAGGGAAGCCAAGCUUCAAGAAGAAGUAGAAUCAAUGAAUAGGAAGCCUUUGUUACAAAUUAAUAUGAAAUUUCCUUUUCGUGCUGAAAAAUACUGUGCAUAUUGUGAACGGUGAUAUGUGGAAACUGUUAAACUGUUAAUAUGUGGAUAUGUGAAAACUUCAAACUGUUAAGUCCUACUUUAAAAACUUUAGAAAAUUCAAAACCUCAUGAAGUCGUUACGUAGCAUAUAUAAUUGCAGUUAUUCAUAAUUAAGGAUUUAUAUGCCUCUGCCAGAAAUCAUAUUUGGGCUAAAUAUAACAAACUUAUAUUUGCGGAAAUAUAUAAAUGUUCCUAGAAAUCAUAUCGUAUGUAUAUCGUACAGUACCUGUGUCUUGAGCACAAUGUGUAUUAACAUUUUAUAACAAAAAUCAAAUUUAUAUCUGGCCAAGGUACUGAAAGCUAGUGAAAUAUUUGACAACUAUUUUGGGUAAAAUUACCUUAAGCCGGCCCAUGUUACAUACAUUCAGAACAGGAAUAAUAUCCUGAGGUAUGUAACUAGUACAUGGAUGACCUCAUAGCAGUGAAACCUCACGUGUGUGAGGUUUGUAAUAAGAUAUUUACAACAAAGAGUAAUUUAAACAUGCAUAUACGUAUUCAUACAGGAGAGAAACCUCAUGUUUGUGAGGUAUGUCACGAAUCAUUUAGAUUGAAAGCUUCUUUAAAAAAGCAUAUCCUUAUUCACACAGGAGAGAAACCUUUUAUGUGUGAGCUAUGUAGUAAGUCAUUUACACGGAAUAGUCAUUUAAGCAAUCAUAUUCUUAUACACACAGGUGAGAAAGCUCAUGUAUGCGAGAUAUGCGACAAGUCAUAUACGAAAAGGGAUUCUUUAAACAAGCAUAUACUUAUUCAUACAGGAGAGAAACCUUAUGUGUGUAAGUUAUGCCACAAAUCAUACAGACUAAAGGACAGUUUAAACCAACAUAUGCUUAUUCACACAACAGAUGGACCUGUUCACAUAAGAGAAAGACUGCAUUUAUGUGAGGUGUGUAAAAAGUCAUUUAUAAAAAAGGAUUCUUUAAACAAACAUAUACUUAUUCAUACAGGAGAGAAACCACAUGUGUGUGAUUUAUGCCACAAAUCAUUCAGAAUAAAGAAUAAUUUAUACAAACAUAUGCGAAUUCAUACAGGAGAAAGACCAUAUGUAUGCGAGUUGUGUAAAAAGUCAUUUAGAGACAAGCCUAAAUUAAACAAGCAUAUGCUUAUUCACAAGGAACAAAAGACUUUUGUGUGUGAGGUAUGUAACAAGUUGUUCAGAGUAAAAGGUGAUUUAAAUAGGCAUAUGCUUAUUCAUACAGGAGAAAAGCCUUUUGUAUGUCAGGUAUGCGAUAAGUCUUUUAGACAAAAGUGUAGAUUAAAUGUGCAUAUGCUUAAUCACACAGGAGAAAAGCCUCAUGUAUGUGAGGUUUGUAAUAAAUCUUUUAAACGAAAGAGUAAUUUUAAUGAACAUAUGCAUAUUCACAGAAGUGAGAAAUGUCAUGUAUGCGAGGUAUGUAACAAAUCAUUUAGCAGAAAGAGUAAUUUAAACAAGCAUUUGCGUGCUCACAAAAAUGAGAAAUCUCAUGUAUGUGAGGUAUGUAACAAGUCAUUUAGACGAAAGUAUAAUUUAGACCAGCAUAUGCUAUUUCACACAGAAGAGAAACCUUAUGUGUGUGAGGUAUGUGAUAAUAGAUAUAGACGGAAGUAUAAUUUAAAGAGGCAUAUGCUUCUUCACACUGGAGAAAAACCUUAUGUGUGUGAUGUAUGUAACAAAGCAUAUAGACAAAAGGUUCAUUUAAACAAGCAUAUGCUUCUUCACACAGGAGAGAAACCAUAUGCGUAUGAGGUAUGUAACAAGUUAUUAAGAGUAAAGGGUAGUUUAAGUCAGAAUGCCCUUAUUCAUCCAGGAGAAAAGUGAGGUAAAGUAUGAUGAUUAUAAAAUGUGAUUUAAACAAGCAUAUGCUUACUGAUAUAGGAGCAUUAUUUGUAUCAGUUAUGAAUAAAUCAUUUUAACUAAAGUUUUAUUUUAAAAAAUACAUCAUUAGUCAUACUAGAGAGAGAAACUUUGUGAGUUAUAUAUUUAACAAAUCAUUUGAAUAGAAAAUACAUAUGUUUAUCUUCAAAGAAAAACCUCCUUUCUCAUGACUAAAACUGUUAAACUGAAACCUUUAUUUUUUCAUGUAGUAAGGACUUUCAGUGCAGCAAAGAAGCCUGAUUAUGCAAGAUGUAUAACUUUUGAUUUGAUCUAAAUGCUUAUAAAGCUGUUUAUUUCUCUCCACGAAA